CGCGUUCUUACGUGAUCUUGUAUUUGUGGUUCAUGGCCCAAACCGAUUAGGAUGACAGCAAAAUGGAAAACACGAAAAGUCGGUACAGCAGUGCAAGGCGGGUAAUGCAGGGCCGAAGGACAUAGGACAUGCGAUGAGGACAUGCGCACACAAUACACAAUAACAUGAAAAGGAAGUUAAAAGGACGCAGGUGACGUUGUUCUGCACUGAAAAGUAGUUUUUAAAAAUCGUUGCUCGAAAGAAAUUUUAAUUACUACAAUAACAAAAACUAGUGAUAAUUCUAACAGAAUGCGUGAAACUAAUGGACCAGACUUCGAUGAUAAACUGAUCCGCUUGGUGCGUGAUAAUCCGGCCAUUUAUGAUGUGAGCCACGAGCACUACAGACGCUACCAAGUUAGAGUUGCGAUUUGGGAUCGUAUUGCUGCGGAGCUUCGAACACCGUCAAAAUUUCUUCAAACGAAAUGGAAAAACAUACGAUACAAUUACUUGCAAGAACUCAAAAGCUUGGAAACCGGAUUGGCAAAUGCGAAUAUACGCAAACGACGGUUUACCGAAGACUUAUCAUUUCUGCAGAAUACAGCACAAACUUAUAAGAAGUACUCCAGCUCCGAUAAUGAUAGCAAUAGCUAUCUCUACGCGGAUCCACAGAAUGCCAGCACCUAUGAAAUCAUUGAAAUCGAGCACAGCGACGACGACAACACACCAAUGGAGUACGAUCCUAUGGACUAUCAUAUUGAUCAUUCUAGGCCGCCUCUUCAAAUUUAUGAGAACGAAAAAUUGUCUUCCACAAGAACUAAUGAAUGCUAUGAAGAUGAUCAACUUCUAACGGAACUGCCUACAGCAUUCAAAUCGGAAAAGUCGAGUGAACCACGGACGGAUGCUUCAACACAACAUAAAGUUAAAUUAACACCACCUCCAAACGUUUUCGCAACUCCUGAAGGCGAUAGUUCUCAUACGCAAAUCGCGAUAUGUCCACCAUCACCGAUGCAAUCACAUGCUUCAAGUCCUUUGUCGCUAGCGCCGAUCGUCGUUAUGGGCAAUGAUCAGACUUUUGCUUCUAAUGGUGAAGCAUCUUUGAAUCCAAUACCAAAGCAAACAGCUACAUCAUCUACGCUGGGGCACCAAAAUGAUGUUGAUUCUGUCGAUAAAAGCACACCAAACGAUAUCGUGUCUAAUGCUACAAAGAGAAAGUCGAUGCCGGCGCCAUUUCCAGUUCUAACGCCCAUUAAUGAUCCCAUCGAACUAUAUUGCCUAUCACUGGUUGAUAGCUUGCGUAAUAUGGCCCGUGCAGAGCGGGAGCGUGUCAAGUUUGAGUUCGCUAAAAUACUCAAAGAUGCCAAGUACAAUGAUCAAAGUUAAUCUAUUAAUGAGGGACAAAAUGGAUUUAAUUUACAAUGAGAAUAAAAUGUAUUAAAUGAAAACGAUCCGAUAAAAAAAUUUUGGUUUUACUUAGUUUUACUAGUAUUUCCUCCAAAUGUAUAGACAUAUAAAACUAUAUAGAUAAAUGUAAUAUUCAUCGAAAUUUAAAAUAUAUAAACAUUUAAACCAUUUAUAUAAAGUUGUUUUUUUUUGUCUCUGUUUUCCAAAACUAUAAUUCUCCCUCCUGUAGCUAGGCUGAAUUUGAUUUAGCACUUUUUUCUUAUAGCGUUUGUUUUUAAUUUUUCACUAGUCAAACCUAUAGUUACACUUUUUUUAAUUAACCCGUAACUGGUAUCGAUAUUUCAAGUUACGUUGUUGGUGUAUAUGGUCCAUUCUCUAUCUCGUAUCAUAAAUAAUAAUUUCAAUUUAAAAAGGUAUAUAAGUAUACCCCGAACGCAAACUCCGUAAAAUUAAAAAAUGUGUUAAGUGAAAUGGUUGGGACCAUAAUCGCGCUAUUGUUGAAAAAAGUUUGAAACUAAUCAACAGGGAACGGAUUUUAUGGAAUUUGCCUUUUUUUCUGCUAAAGAGAAAGAGUA